AUGAGUGAUCAAUUGCUGAGUGCAGUGUCGACUGAGCCACCGGCUCUAAUAGCAACCCCAGUGCCCGACGACUCUUAUCCGUCGCCCUCGGAUACAGAACAGACUGAGGAACCUGUGCUGCUAGAGCUUGGUGCGCAACCGGCAGUCAGUGUUAGCUACACGCUCUCAACAGAUCACAGCAGUAUGCUAUCCUACAGCCCUUCACAGGUCUCGUACUCACCGACACUGUUGACCGGCUAUGAGAAGUCAUUGCAGCAUCCCGGAAAUCUAAGCCAGAUGCCCUCAGGCGCCUUCAGUAUUCCACAGCCGGUAUCCAUGUGGCAAACGGGUGGCCCCACACCAGUAAUAACGUCGAAUAAUGUUGUUCCUGUGACCCUUGACAUUCCCCUACCCAUACCCGUACCGAAAAAACGCGUCGAGCUUGUGCCGCCCCCCGUGUUUAUGACUUAUGGUAGUGGAAGUGCGGCGACGGAAGUGUUAAUUUCUAAGGAACAGAAUCCGGCGUGGCGAGAGAAGGCGCUCCAAAUGGAAAAAGACUAUCGAAGAACAGCCUGUGAUCGGGAACGUACACGAAUGCGUGAUAUGAAUCGAGCCUUCGAUCUAUUGCGCUCGAAGCUGCCAAUUUCAAAGCCUAACGGCAAGAAAUAUUCUAAAAUCGAAAGUUUACGCAUUGCCAUCAAUUACAUAAACCACCUUCAAGCCAUGUUGCGCGAAAAUCAUGUGUCUGAAACGGAGCUCGUCACCUUCAAAAACACUAAUAGUAAUCCUUUGCAUUUUGAGACCCAAAAUCAUCUUUCCGGCUACGAUUACGAUAAUGGCGUAUUAUCGGUAUCAACAACAAUAGCACCGGCACAAAAUAGCAAUGGUUGUUGUACUUGGAGUGGUGGCAGCAGCUCGCCGAACUAUGAACUGAGCGCCAAAGAUCACUGGGGUGCUUAAUAUGUGCCUCAAUUCGCUAACGAAAUUUAUUAAACAUAACGGUUUGUUUUCAAAUCUGUCGUUGAUCAUACUUGCAGGCUGGCAAAAGCUAAGCUGCACGAAACGUAUAUGGAGCGUUUAUAGAGUU